AUGGGGCACCUGUCAGACCAUCCAGGACCACAGAAAGGUCCCAGAAAGUCCACAAACAACAAUGAGUGCAUCUACCAGGGAGACGAAGGGACCCAUAGUUUCUACAAGGGUGGCGAUGUGAUUUUGGGAGGACUGUUCCCCUUGCACUACAGCCCUGUUUCAGCAGUGCAGUCUUUCCAAAGCAAACCUGAACCGACUGAUUACAAGUACUUUAGUCCUCGAGCCCUGAGGUGGAUGCAAACAAUGACCUUUGCUGUGGCAGAGAUAAAUCAGAGACAGGACUUGUUACCAAAUCUGUCCCUGGGAUACCACAUACGGGACAGCUGUGAUGACAUACCUGUGUCACUAAAGAGCUCACUUCUCCUGGUCAAUGGGCAGCCAGAGAGAGCAAGAGGAUCUGGAUGUGCAAAUGUUAUCAGGCAGCCCUCUCCUGUCAUAGUAGGAGAUGCUGCAUCAGGGAUAUCCAUGGCUGUGCUGAGAACACUAGGCUCAUUCAAUAUACCUUUGGUGAGCUACUUUGCAUCUUGCUCAUGUUUGAGUAACAAGAAAGAGUUUCCCACAUUUAUGCGGACAAUGCCAAGUGACGAAUUUCAGAUUAAGGCUUUAGCAAAGCUGGUCCAUUACUUUCAGUGGAACUGGGUGGGGGUCAUAGGAGUGGAAUCAGACUAUGCUCGCUUUGCCAUCCAGCUCUUUCUAAAGGAAUCAACCAAAUACAACGUAUGCCCCGCAUAUGUGCACUUUUACCCCGUAACACUCACUACAGAAGCAGUGCAGGAGUUGAUGGGUACUAUUAAAGCCUCCACUGCCACAGUCAUUCUUAACUUCUCUGGAGAAUCAGAACUGCAAACUAUUCUAAGAGAAUGCAGGCGACAAAACAUCACGCAUCUACAGUGGAUUGCCAGUGAAGCUUGGGCAACAUCACAGGCAUUGUGGGGUGAUUUCCAUGAUCUCUUACAGGGAACUUUAGGGUUUGCCAUCCGGAAGGGAGAAAUCCCAAACCUUGGUGGAUACCUCAGAGAGAUACUCGCUUCCAGUGCUCAAACCUCACAUUUUUUAGCAGAGUUUUGGGAGGAAACAUUCAACUGUCACCUCAAUGGAUCAUUAAACACUCACGUACACAGAGAGGAGGCCCAGUUCAGGGAAGCUUGUAGUGGGAGAGAGAGUCUGUACAAUGUGUACUCUACCUUUACAGAUGUAUCACAGCUUAGAGUGUCCUACAAUGUAUACAAAGCUGUGUAUCUCAUUGCACAUGCCUUACAUGAUAUGAGUACCUGCGUUCCAGGGCAGGGCCCCUUUCAAAAUGGGACAUGUGGGAAUCUAAAUCCCCUUCUGCCUUGGCAGUUGAUAAGCUACAUGAAGAGAACAAACUUCACAACACUGGGGGAGUUUGUGCACUUUGAUGAGAAUGGAGAUCCCAUUGCAUCUUAUGAUCUGAUGAACUGGCAGGGGGCGAGUGAUGGCUUACUUCAGCUGGUGAAGGUGGGAUUCUAUGAUGCAUCACUGAAGGAGGAUAGUGGCCUGGUCAUAAAUGAAUCAAUGAUUAUGUGGCAACGAGACAAUAAGGCACCAGUAUCAGUCUGCAGCAAAAGUUGUCUGCCAGGUUCCAGGAAAGCCAGGCGAAAGGGUGAACCCAUCUGUUGCUUUGACUGCAUACCAUGUGCUGAGGGAGAGAUUAGCAAUCAAACAGACUCAAAUGAUUGUUUAAGAUGUUCAAGGGAAACAUGGCCAAACCAAGCCAGAGACAAAUGUAUACCAAAAGGUCUGGAGUACCUGUCCUUUCAGGAGCCCUUGGGAAUAAUUCUCUUGGCUGUUUCUACAUUUGGAGCUUGUCUGACUGCUGCAGUGAUUUGUGUAUUUAUGGUCUACAGAAAUACUCCAAUAGUUCGAGGCAACAACAUGGAACUCAGCUUCCUCCUACUCUUGUUCCUAUGUGCAUGCUUUCUAAUUAGUCUGACAUUCAUUGGGAAGCCCACUGAUUGGCUCUGCCAGAUCAGAUUUACAGCCUUUGGAGUCAGCUUUGCACUCUGUAUCGCCUGCAUCUUGGCUAAGACUGUAGUGGUUCUCAUGGCUUUCAGGGCCACCUUACCUGGUAGUAAUGCCAUGAAAUGGUUUGGUCCAGUACAACAGAGAUUUUUUGUCAUAUUAUGCUCUUUGGUUCAAGUACUUAUUUGCAUCAUAUGGCUGAUAACUAAACCUCCAUCUGCUGCCUAUACCACAGCUUUUUUGAGUCCUACUAUAAUUGUAGAGUGUAAAGUGGGAUCUGAGAUAGGAUUCUGGUGUGUGUUGGGAUACAUUGGCCUACUAGCAUGUAUGUGCUUUUUAAUAGCUUUUUUGGCCAGAAAACUUCCAGACAAUUUUAACGAGGCCAAAUUUAUCACAUUCAGUAUGCUUAUCUUUUUUGCUGUGUGGAUAACAUUCAUCCCUGUUUAUGUGAGCACAAAUGGAAAAUAUAUGGUUGCUGUGCAUGUCUUUGCCAUCUUAGCUUCUGCAUUUGGACUGCUUCUGUGCAUAUUUGCUCCAAAGUGCUAUAUUGUCCUGUUGAGACCUGAAAAAAACAGCAGAAAGCAUAUGAUGAAAAAAUAG